GUAACAAUCGGUGUCGAGGAGGAGGGACAGGCACCAAGAGAGAAUGAGCGAACACUAUAGAUGUGUAUUGAUCACAGUCACACUUGUAAGCGCCAGAGUCGCCCGAUACUUUGUAGUAGAAAGUAGCAGAUAUAGCAAAUAUAGCCUUCAAGCUAAUGCAACUCUUUAUGGGCUAAAUUAUUAGACGACGAGACUCAGACCAUUGAAACCCAAAGGACCUUUCAAUAGGUUGAAUUUCAUAAUUUGCUAGUUCAAAGACGUAUAGGCUACACAUGCUUUAUACACGAAUUUGAAAUUGUCGCCACAAGGACGCCUCUGUGCACUAGACACACGGAAACUGAAGAGUAGUUGAAGAGUGCUUGUAAAAGGUAAGAUACGGUUUAAAAUAUGUUUGUUUACAACAUAUAUUCAAAUUAGCCCAGCCUACUUCUAAAGCCAUCUUGAAGCUUCUUCCCAAAUGCGUGUGCGUGUGUGUGUGUGUCAUUGAACGUCUACAUGUUUAGUUCACCCACAGGUAGCAAUAAAAACUGCAUAAAUAUGUCGAAAAUGAACUCAAAACCAUUGAAUAACAUCUCCCACCUGCAUUUUGCAGGAUUGAGCAUGCUGCCUCUUACUCCUUGGUAGUUCAGCCUGGUCUCAUAGACUAAUAGUGACAUAGUAAAUGUAAGUCCUCUGUAGCUCAAUUGGUAGAGUAUGGCGCUUGUAACGCCAGGGUAGUGGGUUCGAUCCCCGGGACCACCCAUACGAAAAAAUGUAUGCACACAUGACUGUAAGUCGCUUUGGAUAAAAGCAUCUGUUAAAUGGAAUAUUAUUAGUAUUAUGUCCCGGACACCAAAUUACUAUGAUAUGUUACGUUUGGUAUAACGUAAAUGUCUAGUAACCCAAAAGUUGCGUGUUCAAAUCUCAUCACGGACAAUUUUAGUUAAUUAGCAACUUUGCAACUACUUACUUUUUAGCUACUUUGCAACUAUACUGAAGAAAAAUAAAAACGCAACAUGUAAAGUGUUGGUCCCGUGUUUCAUGAACUGAAAUAAAAGAUCCCAGAAACUUUCCAUAUGCACAAAAAGCUUAUUUCCCUCAAAUUGUGUGCACAAAUAUCAUUACAUCCCUGUUAGUGAGCAAUUCUCAUUUGCCAAGAUAAUUAAUCCACCUGACAGGUGUGGCAUAUCAAGAAAUUACACAGGUGCACCUUGUGCUGGGUACAAUAAAAGCCCACUCUAAAAUGUGCAGUUUUGUCACACAAUACAAUGCCAUCGAUGUCUCAAGUUUUGAAGGAGUGUGCAAUUGGCAUGCUGACUGCAGGACUGAAAUGAAUUGAAUGUUCAUUUCUCUACUGUAAGCCACCUCCAAUGUCAUUUUAGAGAAUUUGCCAGUAUGUCCAACCGGCCUCACAACCGCAGACCACGUGUAACCACGCCAGCCCAGGACCUCCACAUCCGGCUUCAUCACCUGCGGGAUCGUAAGAGAUCAGCCACCUGGACAGAUGAUGAAACUGAGGAGUAUUUCUGUCUUUAAUAAAGCCCUUUUGUGGGGAAAAACUCAUUCUGAUUGGCUGGGUCUGGCUCCCAAGAGGGUGGACCUAUGCCCUCCCAGGCCCACCCAUGUCUGCGUCCCUGCCCAGUCGUGAAAUCCAUAGAUUACGGCCUAAUUUAUUUAUUUCAAUUGACUGAUUUCCUUAUAUGAACUGUAACUCAGUAAAAAAUUUGAAAUUGUUGAAUGUUGCGUUUAUAUUUUUGUUCAAUAUACUUAGCACGUUAGCUAACCAUUCCCCUAACCCUGACCUUUACCCUAACCUUAACCCCUAACCCCUAGCCUCGCUAAUUGUAGCCACCUAACUAACAUUAGCCACCUAGCUAAUGUUAGCCACAACAAAUUGGAAUUGAUAACAUAUACGAAUUGCAAAUUCGUAACAUAUUGUACGAAUUGCAAUUCGUAACAUAUUAUAUGAAUUGUAAUUCUCAACAUAUCAUACGAGAUGGAAGAUGGACCUCCACAAAUUAAUACAUACCAUACUAAAUGAAGGAGACAUAUUUACAUUUACUAUGUUACGUCUACCCCUGAGUCCCGGUUGCAGCAGUUAGAUGCACCUUUAUAGGAAAGUACAGUAAAGGUGGUUGACACUAAGCUGACAGGCAUUGCAACCUGCUUGUGUGUGUGUGACACUCCUCUCAGGAAAUAAUUGCCUUACUAGUAACUCCUACUGCUGAUUAGGCAAGGCAUUAGAUCUUUAGAAGGUCACUGAAGGCAGUACUUAGGCAAAGAGGCAAGGUAAAUAUCACGUUUUGGUGUCACCAAGCCUGUGGAAAUAGAGUGCCGGUGCUGAUUCAAAGAGAAAAGCUUUAAUGUGUUAACAGUUGAUCUAAAACAGUAGUCCCAAACAUUCACCCAGCCUAACAACAAACUGCAUCUACAAGCAAUGAUGUUACAUCUUGAAUUGCAUUAACAUCACUGAGUAGUUUCCCUUGACUGUGAUGGUCUUUUAGAUGAUAAGAGCUGUGUGUGUCUGUGCAUUUGUAACAUGUAGCUUACAUACUAACACACUAGCCCCAUUCAACAAGCCUCUGAGAAACCAACAGAUGUUCCUCGAUCAAUAAAUAUUUGGCUUUAGUCCAGACUGACUGAAGAUCAGCAUUAUUCCCAGUUUAUGUCCAUUCUCUGAUACACACACUUUUUCAUGAGUAAAAGCAAUGGAUAGGUGUCUCCCAUGUCUCUCUCCUUUUCAUUAGUAAUUUUGGAUCAGUGGCGAAUGAAGGAUAUGUGGCAAAGCAUUUAAAAGAAAACAGUACAUCCCCUUCUUAAAGUGAUCACUACUCUUACAUAGGGCUGGGCGAUAUGGUCUAAAAAUCAUAUCUCAAUUUUUUCCUAACUUAUGGGCGACUCACGAUAUAUAUCUCAAUUUAAAAACAAUUGUUUCUCUAAAUAAGUUUUGUUGUCCAAUUACAGGUCAAAUACACUGCAUUUCAGACAGUCAGCAAUAAUCUCUCUGUACCCCACAAUUAUCUGUAAGGUCCCUCAGUCGAGCAGUGAAUUUCAAACACAGAUUCAACCACAAAGGCCAGGGAGGGCACCUAUUGGUAGAUGGGAGAAGAAAAAAUAGAGCAGACACUGAAUAUCCAUUUCAGCAUGGUGAAGUUAUUAAUUACAAUAUGGAUGGUGUAUCAAUACACCCAGUCACUACAAAGAUACAGACGUCCUUGCUAACUCAGUUGCCAGAGAGGAAGGAAACCGCUCAGGGAUUUCACCAUGAGGCCAAUGGUGACUUUAAAACAGUUACAGAGUUUAAUGGCUGUGAUAGGAGAAACUAAUACUAAUCUAAAUGACAGAGUGAAAAGAAUGAAGCCUGUACAGAAUACAAAUAUUCCAAAACAUGUAUCCUGUUUGCAAUAAGACACUAAAGUAAAACCGCAAAUAAAUGAAUAUUAUGUCCUGAAUGCAAAUCCAACACAACACAUCACUGAGUACCAAGCAUGUUGUUAUUUUUGUGUGUUUUUGGGGGGGAUAAAAAGAAACGGAAUAGAGCUAAGCACAGGCAAAAUCCUAGAGGAAAACCUGGUUCAGUCUGCUUUCCACCAGACACUGGGAGACAAAUUCACCUUUCAGUAGGACAAUAACCUAAAACACAAGGCCAAAUAUACACUGGAGUUGCUUACUAAGACGACAUUGAGUGUUCCUGAGUGGCCUACUUACAGUUUUUACUUAAAUCGGCUUGAAAAUCUAUGGCAAGACUUGAAAAUGGCUGUCUAGCAAUGAUCAACAACCAACUUGACAGAGCUUGAAGAAUUUUUAAAAGAAUAAUAUGCAAAUAUUGUACAAUCCAGGUGUGCAACCUCUUAGAGACUUACCCAGAAAUACUCACAUCUGUAAUCGCUGCCAAAGGUGAUUCUAACAUGUAUUGACUCAGGGGUGUGAAUACUUAUGUAAAUUAGAUAUUUCUGUAUUUUUAAUAAAAUUCUAAAAGCAUGUUUUUACUUUGUCAUUAUGGGAUACUGUGUGUAGAUGGGUGAGAAAACACAUGCAUUUAAUCCAUUUUGAAUUCAGGCUGUAACACAACUAAAUGUGGAAUAAUACUUUCUGAAGGCACUGAAUGACUGAUUCUGUUGGACCAAACCUCAAAUGCAAAUAGCGAGUUGAAAUCGCUUGUCAGAGAGGAAGAAAAUAUCUCUCAUCUUUGUUUUUGUGAGUGGGAGGGGCUUGAUUUGUGUGUGUAAAUGGGACGGUGCACACAGCCUACAGUUGUUGCAAACAGAACAGAAGGAGCGAAGGAGACAAGACCAAAAAGACAACACGAGAACAUAAACAGACAUAAACGCUCAUAAAACAAAUACAACAACUUGAUUCUUGCGAUACUGGCAUUUGGAAUAUAGCGCAAAAACAAAUUUUAAUUAAUCAAAUGUAUUCUAUAUAUCGCCCUAGUCUGACAGGGUUAGAUGGAUGAGAGGGCCAUUGUGUACUGGGCAUUUCCAUGUAAAAAGCCCAAUGAGCACUAACAUGUGGAGUUCAUUGGAGCACAUCAAAUUUGGUGUCAAAUGAAAUAAGCCUUUUUUCCCCUUUUUUAAAAACCAUUUUACAUCCUAAAAGUUAGGAAUAAGCAAAGGCUUUGAUUUCUGGUCAAACAGAUGGAAAAGGGGUCUUCGAAAUUAUCUAGCAGAAAAAAAUCUGAAAAUGUAUUAGAAAUAUAUCAAAACACAAUAAUGUUGAAGUAAAGACCCCUGCCAGGUAAUAUCAACAUUUUAUAUUUAGUUUUGCAGAAAUUAAUUGCCUAGUGUCUUGUCAUGGUGUUACCAAAACCCACAUAUUUAAGAUAUUUUUAAGUUUAUCUCCCUCAUGAGGAGGGAGGAUAAUGAAAGUUCACAGAUGUAACAAGUAAAGGUAGACCUACCAAUUUAUAGUGUUUUUACUGAUCACAAUUACCAAAUCGGUAAAAGAUUGACAAAAAAACUCUGACUGCAACUGAAUGAGCUAAAAUGGGAAUUCAUAGUAGUCACAAACCUCAGUUGCGUCACCUGCUACUGUCCUCCCUUCCACUGGCAUACUGUUAUGUUCAGCUCAUAACUGUUUUCUUUCUCUUUCUGUCACGUGGUGGUCAAAGCUAGAGUGUGAAAACAGUCUGGCCAACCUCUCCCUUUCUCUCCCUCCCUAGUUAACAUCACCUCUCCCAGCUCUUACUGACAUCUACCCACGAGCCCCCUCUCUUUCCAUUUACUGUAACCAGCCCCCUCACCCACUAAGCACCGACCGAUACCGGACCUCCAUGGACAUUGAAAAGUAGUUGAAAUUUGGUCAGUCCAAAUCUGAACCAAUCAUAGAUGUAUUUUUCACAAGUUUGGACAGCACCGUACAGUACAGUACGGUAAAGAAAUGUAGAGUGGAGUAUAGGUCAGUACAAUAUAUACAGUAGAGUUUGGUACAGUACAGUAGAGCACGAUAGAGUAGAUUCGGUUACCAUCAUUCUGUUAUGAUAACAGAAUGAUGGUAACAGAAUGACGUCAUGAGUCCCUGAUCUGUACUAUACAGAAAUACAUAAUUAUGAAAGUCAUUCUCUUCAUGGUGAUGUAUCCUGAAUAGGUACACAAAGGUAGAACAUGUAAUAUCCACCUUUGCAUGUUUGGGUAUUAUUCUACACACUGGCUAUUAUUCUAAUGAACUCCAGCCCCAAACAAGACCAAAUUUGGUUGGUCAGGACCGGAAACAAGUCUGUACCAAUCAUAGACGUAUAUGUUUCACAGGUCUAGACAUCACAGUACAGCACAGUAGAGCACACUGCAGUACAGUACAGCACAGUAGAGUAGAGUUCAGUACAGCUCAGUACAGCACAGUAGAGUAGAGUAAAUUAUACUGUACUCUAACUACUCUAUUGUACUCUACUGUACUGUACCAAACUCUACUCUAUAUAUUGUACUGACCUAUACUCCACUCUACAUUUCUUUACCGUACUGUACUGUACUGUACGGUGCUGUCCAAACUUGUGAAAAAGACAUCUAUGAUUGGUUCAGAUUUGGACUGACCAAAUUUCAACUACUUUUCAAUGUCCAUGGAGGUCCGGUAUCGGUCAGUGCUCAGUGGGUGAGGGGGCUGGUUACAGUAAAUGGAAAGAGAGGGGGCUCGUGGGUAGAUGUCAGUAAGAGCUGGGAGAGGUGACGUUAACUAGGGAGAGAGAGAAAGGGAAAGGUUGGCCAGACUGUUUUCACACUCUAGCUUUGACCACCACGUGACAGAAAGAGAAAGAAAACCGUUGUGUGCUGAACAUAACCCGUAACAGUGGAAAUUGUUAAAAGUAGUCCUUGUGCAUAGAGUUGUAUGGUUUCUUUGACUUUGUAACCAAUGGUUUUUGUUUGGCAUACUUUUAAAGUGAAAAAAAUAAUCUCAGCGUCAUUCGGUUACAAUGGAAUUGCCCUACUACCACUACUAUCCAGUCACGUACAGAUCUGUGAUAAACAAUGUAUUUAUGGAUGCAUUUUGAAAGUAUACAGUGGGGAAAAAAAGUAUUUAGUCAGCCACCAAUUGUGCAAGUUCUCCCACUUAAAAAGAUGAGAGAGGCCUGUAAUUUUCAUCAUAGGUACACGUCAGCUAUGACAAACAAAAUGAGAAAAAAAAUUCUCCAGAAAAUCACAUUGAAGGAUUUUUAAUGAAUUUAUUUGCAAAUUAUGGUGUAAAAUAAGUAUUUGGUCAUCUACAAACAAGCAAGAUUUCUGGCUCUCACAGACCUGUAACUUCUUCUUUAGGAGGCUCCUCUGUCCUCCACUCGUUACCUGUAUUAAUGGCACCUGUUUGAACUUGUUAUCAGUAUAAAAGACACCUGUCCACAACCUCAAACAGUCACACUCCAAACUCCACUAUGGCCAAGACCAAAGAGCUGUCAAAGGACACCAGAAACAAAAUUGUAGACCUGCACCAGGCUGGGAAGACUGAAUCUGAAAUAGGUAAGCAGCUUGGUUUGAAGAAAUCAACUGUGGGAGCAAUUAUUAGGAAAUGGAAGACAUACAAGACCACUGAUAACCUCCCUCGAUCUGGGGCUCCACGCAAGAUCUCACCCCGUGGGGUCAAAAUGAUCACAAGAAUGGUGAGCAAAAAUCCCAGAACCACACAGGGGGACCUAGUGAAUGACCUGCAGAGAGCUGGGACCAAAGUAACAAAGCCUACCAUCAGUAACACACUACGCCGCCAGGGACUCAAAUCCUGCAGUGCAAGACGUGUCCCCCUGCUUAAGCCAGUACAUGUCCAGGCCCGUCUGAAGUUUGCUAGAGUGCAUUUGGAUGAUCCAGAAGAGGAUUGGGAGCAUGUCAGAUGAAACCAAAAUAUAACUUUUUGGUAAAAACUCAACUCGUCGUGUUUGGAAGACAAAGAAUGCUGAGUUGCAUCCAAAGAACACCAUACCUACUGUGAAGCAUGGGGGUGGAAACAUCAUGCUUUGGGGCUGUUUUUCUGCAAAGGGACCAGGACGACUGAUCCGUGUAAAGGAAAGAAUGAAUGGGGCCAUGUAUCGUGAGAUUUUGAGUGAAAACCUCCUUCCAUCAGCAAGGGCAUUGAAGAUGAAACGUGGCUGGGUCUUUCAGCAAGACAAUGAUCCCAAACACACCGCCCGGGCAACGAAGGAGUGGCUUCGUAAGAAGCAUUUCAAGGUCCUGGAGUGGCCUAGCCAGUCUCCUGAUCUCAACCCCAUAGAAAAUCUUUGGAGGGAGUUGAAAGUCUGUGUUGCCCAGCGACAGCCCCAAAACAUCACUGCUCUAGAGAAGAUCUGCAUGGAGGAAUGGGCCAAAAUACCAGCAACAGUGUGUGAAAACCUUGUGAAGACUUACAGAAAACGUUUGACCUGUGUCAUUGCCAACAAAGGGUAUAUUACAAAGUAUUGAGAAACGUUUGUUAUUGACCAAAUACUUAUUUUCCACCAUAAUUUGCAAAUAAAUUCAUUAAAAAUCCUACAAUGUGAUUUUCUGGAUUUUUUUCUCUCAUUUUGUCUGUCAUAGUUGACGUGUACCUUUGAUGAAAAUUACAGGCCUCUAAUCUUUUUAAGUGGGAGAACUUGCACAAUUGGUGGCUGACUAAAUACUUUUUUUCCCCACUGUAGAUUCAUAGUGCCCACUAUCCUAGUCUCAAUUAGGGCGACUCAGGUGGCUAAUAGCCCUCAUGUUGCAGAGUGCCCCACAAACCCUUGCUCUGAUUUCUUCUUGGAUCAGGGCAAAUGGAAGCAUCCAGGGUGGGUGCACACAAGCAUGCUAUUGUUUAUUUUCAUCUGGUCUGCCAAACAGAGAACAGAGAGAGAGGUGAUUGCUAAAUACUUAUUUAGCGUUGCCAGGCUACCCUCAGUGGAGCGCACAAAGGGACAGCAUUAGAGGGGACGCCGAACAGAGCACGAAGGCCAGAGAAAAAAAGCGGGUGCAGAAUAAUCUUUCAUUUUCAGCUUUUCGAUGUUCUGUCUAAUUUUGGGUCUGCACUUGAUGAGGACACGUACACACUCUCUCUUUCUCUCUCGCUCUCGCUCUCAUUCUCUCUCUCAUUCAUUUGUACACAGACAGGCCCAACUGAGCUGGUCAUAACACAUGCGUAAAUCUUAACCAAUUCUUUCACGCAAGCAAGGGUUGGCCCACAUAUAUUGAAUAUUAGGCAUUGCCCCUCUUUAAAGGAGUGGUGGGUGCUGUUGCAUCUUCUCUCAUUCUACAGUAAAUUGGGGAGGUAGGGAUACUUAGAGAUAGAGUAGAGUCAAAUGUGUACCGUAGGUGUUUGCCAGCUUGUGUUUGUGCAAGUCUUUGUGUGUUUGUUUGUAUACCAGGCCAACUUGUGCAUGAGUGCCUUUUCUGUGUGUGGGAAAGAGCGCAUGUGCGUUGUUUACAACAUUUGGUGGCAUUCACCACCCUCCCUUCCCCUUCAUGUGGGCUUCCUGCUCUCUCUGACAGUGAGUGACUUGAGUCUAAAAGCUGUGCGAUGGCCUGCCUCCUGUCACCUUGUCCCUCAUCAUCUCAUUUUAGUUUACCAAGCUGUCGACACAGUAUUAUUUUUGGGGCCUGGAUCACAAGCUAUCCAUAUAACUGCAGAACACCGAAUCCCAUUAAACUGCUGUUCUCAGGCGCUUAUUACUAGCCUAGUGUAGCCUAGCUUAGCCACUCUUCUCUUACCAAACCAACCCAGGCUGUUGGCGGUUGGCCCUUUCAUUAGGGCACAGUUUGCGUUGUAAACAGUACUGAGGUUUGGGUUAGAGCAGUAAGGCAGGAAGCUAAUGGACGAGAGGAAGUUGACAUGACUGCACAUCAGGGGUUCACCACCUCGCUGCUUUCGGAAUGAUUCAGGCGCUCUCGUAUUGAGACAACAUAGGCGUCUUCCCCUCAGCCACGGUUUCACUUAGUCAACUCACUCUCUCACCGGAGCGGUUUACUGUACACACACAAACACAUUUUGUGUGAGUGUUGUAGCCAAAGUAUUUCGGUUUGACUCUUCGGCUACGCCAGUGACUGUUGGUUCUGAAACUUUCACAAUGUCACGCCAUGUUUCCCUUUCAUCCACGGGGUCUGUUCAGUAGAAUUAAAGGCUUUAGCAUUGGAGGCGGGAAUGGACAGUAUAGCUCAUACACACACUUCUAUACCGCAGGAUAAAUGAUACUUUUUGCAAUGUCAUGAACUUUCAGUUGUGCCCUAUUGAAUAGCCAUUAUUAACCACUGACUUGUGUUCUCUGCAGGCCUGGUGCAUGAUGGGAUCUUUUCGGCGGCCCCGCCCUCGCUUCAUGAGCUCGCCCGUGCUGACGGACCUCGCACGCUUCCACGCCAGCUCGGCCGGCCUGCAGCUGUCCAACACCAGCGUCUGGAAUAGGUGGGUGAGCCUCCUCAUCUGUGUGAACCACAUCCAACACUGCUUUUAAAUGUGUGUGUUUGAGUGUGUGAAACACAUUUAUCUUUUUAAACAUAUCUGACAGAGGGUCCAUACCAUCCAUUAGAUACUAAACUGACUUCGGUUUGCUUUCAAAUGGGAAGCAACUAGAUUUGAUACAGUUUGACCAAACCAUAUUAUAUCUCUUUGUGGCUCACUUUAUUUCCCUAAAAUGUCCAAAGAGAACAUGAUAGGAAAUGACAGGGAAAAUAAUGUUGGAAUCCCACCAGGAAGUUUAUAAAGGAUAUGGGGUAUGAAUAUGUUAGUAAGUGUCCUGGUUGGAGCAGGAAGCCCUGCGAUUAUGUCUUUCCUCUCUGACCACCCCAUCACUCUUUAUCUGCAAAAGGUGUGGAUAGUACUGUUAAGCUGGCGUUUUUGAACACAUUCACUACGGAAGCGGACGCUAACCCUUUAUUUUGGUAUGGGAAUGUGUCAGACUGCUCUCCCCCCUCCACUUCUCUCAGGAAGUGAAUAGAGCAUUUGACAGGAUGUUUUGUGGGAAGCGGAUGGGGCAGCGAACGCUUCGGCUGCUCAGAGGUCACUUCCGCUAAACCCCAGAGGUGCCACUGACGCACUUGGCGUGCUCUUUGUCCACCGAAAGCAGGGGGUCUUUCCGUAGGUCACCUGCUGCCGCCACCUCUUGAACGGCACAGUCCUCCACAGCGAAGGGCUGAAGGCACAAUGGCACGCUGCACUGUUUUGAUCUGAUAGCGGAGUGCCCUAAACUAGAACAAAAGGCCAAUGCAAGGUUUUCGCAAGCCCUAUUUUCCUAUCUAAUUCCUUCAGCUCUACAAAAGUGCCCAGAGGGUACGGACUAGGGGUUGAUUCUGGACAGUGCCUUUACACAGCUUUGCUGCACAAUGAAAGGGUUUAUGAAAACACCCAAGGCCAUGUUAUGACAAUAUGUUAUGUCAUGUUAUGACAAUAUUAUCAAUCUGCAUAGGGGCUUCAAAUGGAUCCCUGGUUUUCACUGUUUACAGUAUGUCCAUGCCUCCCUGUUGCAAAAUGCAUCAUAUUUCACACCUCUUUUCAUAAGGAGGCUACAUUUGAGAAUUCAUAUUCAGAAAAUGUUGCAUGGCACUAAUUCUCCACGGUAGGUUGUUAUCAAAAGAAGUAAAAAAAAAAGAAGUAAUUAACAUGACUCAAGACAUACACUGAGCAUACAAAACAUUAAGGACACAUGCUCUUUCCAUGAUAUAGACUGAACAGGUGAAUCCAGGUGAAAGACAAGAUCCCUUAUUAAUGUCACUUGUUCAAUCCACUUAAAUCAGCGUAGAUGAAGGGGAUGAGACAGGUUAAAGAAGGAUCUUUAAGCCUUGAGACAAUUGAGACAUGGAUUGUGUAUGUGUGCCAUUCAGAGGGUGAAUGGGCAAGACAAAAUAUUUAAGUGCCUUUAAACGGGUUAUGGUAGUAGGUGCUAGGCGCACCAGUUUGUGUCAAGAACUGCAACGCUGCUGGGUUUUUCACACUCAACAGUUUCCCGUGUCUAUCAAGAAUGGUCCACCAUCCAAAGGACAUCCAGCCAACUUGACACAACUGUAGGAAGCAUUGGAGUCAACAUAGGCCAUCAUCCCUGUGGAAUGCUUUCAACACCUUGUAGAGUCCAUGCCCCGACGGAUUUAGGCUUUUCUGAGGGCAAAGGGAUGCAACUCAAUAUUAGGAAGGUGUUCCUAAUGUUUGGUAUACUAAGUGUAUGAUUGACUUAUUAGACAAAACAAGGCAACCUAAUCACCAUCAUCUAUCACAAUCAGCCAUCUUUCAGAAAGUUUAAAUACUGUCCUGUCGGUCUCAGCCAGAGCUUCCCAUUUGCCAGGCAGUUGAGACGCCCUCACCUAUGCCCUCUGACCUAACCUAUGAGCUCUGACCUGAUCCUUGCCUGUGUUUCUGUCCCUUAGCGUCCAAACAGCCGUGAUCAAAGUGUUCCAGGGUGGAGGGUUGCAGGCCAAUGAGCUUUACACCCUCAAUGAGAGCAUCAGGUAAGGCUGAAUUGACCGUCUAGAUAGGCGUACUCUGUACGAGCUUUGUGACUUCACGCAGGAAGCUUUGGGGACCUCCUUGUUUUGCUCUUGUAACCCUUGAUAGAUAAGGGCCUUAGUGGAGUCAACAGAAUGGAAAGGAGAUAUCAAAUUGUUUAUACCACCUUUGAGUUAGGGCACCACUGUAUGUCAAUACUUUUAUAAAGUGCGUUUUAAAUCAAUGUUUUUCUUUCACGUUAUUAGCUAAUGUCCCAUUGUUCUGUGUCCUUUUAGAUGGCUCCUGAAGACAGAGUUGGGCUCGUUCAUCACAGAGUACUUCCAGGUAUGCCCUUUCCCCUCUUGCAUGUACUGUAGAUUCACCACCCAAAAUGAUCAAAGGAAUAGUUAUAAUGCACAUGAAGGUGCAUAUAUACACUACCGUUCCAAAGUUAGGGGUCACUUAGAAAUGUCCUUGUUUACGAAAGUAAAAAAAUUAUAAUGUUGUCCAUUAAAAUAACAUCAAAUUGAUCAGAAAUACAGUGUAGACAUUGUUAAUGUUGUAAAUGGCUAUUGUAGCUGGAAACGGCUGAUAAAAAAAAAAAAAAAAAAGGAAUAUCUACAUAGGCGUACAGAGGCCCAUUAUCAGCAACCAUCAGUCCUGUGUUCCAAUGGCAUGUUGUGUUUGCUCAUCCAAGUUUAUCAUUUUAAAAGGCUAAUUGAUCAUUAGAAAACCCUUUUGCAAUUAUGUUAGCACAGCUGAAAACCGUUGUGCUGAUUAAAGAAGCAAUAAAAACUGGCCUUCUUGAGACUAGUUGAGUAUAUGGAGCAUCAGCAAUUGUGGGUUCGAUUACAUGCUCAAGAUGGCCAGAAACAAAUAACUUUCUUCUGAAACUCGUCAGUCGGAGCUCGUUUUUUUCCAGAGUUCCCAGUUGUCUUGAACUCACUGAAGUCUGAGAUUUCCCAGUUCCGAGUUUCUAGUUGUUUUGAACUCGGCAGAAGUCAUGCUGGAUUGACAGCAUGGCCAAUGUAUUCAACCUUUUCUGGCCCAUGGUGUUGAAUAUUUAUCCUUUUAAGCUUGGAAAAGAGACCCUUAAACCCAGACUUGGACCACACACCCGCUACACUGAAUAGCAGGCUAGUGAUUGCUUUGCAAUACUUGCAGUUAGCCACUGACUCCUUCCAAACCACUCAUUGUUGAAUUUGCAUUUUCCAACUUGUUGUGUAAUGUUUAUGUCCAAUGACUGAUGAGCACCGAUACGUUUUAUCUGUAAUUUCUCUUCAUAAUUUCUCUUCAUAUGACAAGGUUUGAAAAGGAUUUGCUAGUAGAUUGUUGACUUGAUUCAUGAUGAUGACUGCUAGCUUGCUAGCUAAGAUUUUGAAAGUAUCAUGUUGACAUGAUCAGUCCAAUCAAAGCUACGGUAGAUAUAACGUGAUUUGACGUCUUUUUAUCUGUGGCCAAUGACCUUGAGCCUUCUUGGAUGGGCACAAUGUAACCCCGUAGAUUUUGCGGCUACGUAGUGUCCCAAUGAGUGACAGAACACUGAACCAAUCACGGCGCAUCUAGAGAACAUUACCAACCCCUACACUCCUUAUUUUCCGCUGGCUGCCCCACCACCACAGAAAGCACUGAGCUAGGCUGAAACACCUGCAUCAAAAAGAGAACAUGUUUGUAUGUGGCUUUAUUAAUUCAAAGAUGUUUUAAUGUUUUUACAUUGUUUGCAAACUGAUAUGUGACACGUAUUAAUGCCAAAAUAACAUACAAAACAGGCUAAACAGUUGGGGCUCAACACAGGUGGGGCUCUGCCACUGAGUUGAGCAAUGGUCAAAUGACUUUUUUUAAUCCAUCAAGCCUCCAAUCAGAAGUGGAAGUGUGUGUUCCAUUGCAGUGUUAGUUGAGGUGUUACGCAACACAUUGACUUACCAGCGCCUCUAUAUGCAAUGAGCAGAUUUUGUUUUGCUUAGUGCUUUUCUGUGCAUUUGUUGAUCAAUUAUUCUAUCAGCAUAGAACUGACUCUUUUAAGGGGGUUGAAACCUGUUCAUUCUGAACGUGGGUUAUAAAUAUCCCCUUUUCUAUGUGUUUUGGAUAGGACAAAAAUGAACACCUCCUCUCAGCAACAUUACACCAACUGGCAUGUGAGAUGCAUUUCAUUUGCACACCAGAUGUCCCUCAUGUAGAUUUGAAUAGAGUCAUCGGCCUCAGCCAUGUCGCCAUGGAAGAAAACUUGAAACUGUUAUCGUUUCCUUGAAUUUAAAAACAUAAGUUUCGAACAUGUGCUCUUUCUUUCUUACAAUUUGUCCUAGAAUCAACUCUUGACCAAAGGCCUGUCACAUAUUCUGGAGAAGAUUAGACUAAAUGAGGGUAAGUGUGCCGUCUGCUCCAUGAAACGUUGCAAACAAUUUGGGUAGAGUGCAUUUACAUUUAAGGAAGUUACUUUGUUUCCAGCAAAAUGGUCAGGGUAUUUUCCCAAGGUCUCAGUUGGCAAUAUGCCCUCCUUUCAUAUGUCCAAUCUCCAUGCAUCUGAAAGCAUUAUGUGUAAAAAACAAUUAAAUAGUAAAAAUCCAAGUGCCAUAUUGCUUUCCGCCUGUCCAAUGUUUUCAGACUCAGUGAAAGAACUUAGAUCCGUUCCAUUUGUCACAGCGUCAUCUAAUGGUGGUUAAUUUGUCCCUCUUUUUCUCCUCAGGUGACAGUCAACUCCUCAUCCUGUCCGAGAUGUGGGUCAGGUUCUUCACUGGAAUCUUGCCCACGCUCCAGGCUAUAUUCUAUCCUGUUCAGGUACUGCCAACAUACAGGCCGUCCUUUCGCUGAGACUUUAAACCGACUGCCUGACCCUCAGUGGUCAGUACAAAUCCCAUGGCACUUGGUUUAUACAGUAGGGGUGUUAUUAAUCCUGCCGUCCUGGCUUAAUUCCAAAACUGGCUGCUCUUACUACUGCACAUAGCCAGACAGGGACAAUCCUCUCGCUGCCCCUGUCAGUGUAGGGUCAGACCUCUCUUUCUCUCUCUCCUUCCCUCUCUCAAUUAAAGCCUCUGCCUCUUGCCAUACUCUUUCGUUUCUUUGGCAUCUUGAAGUCCUACCAGCCCUUUACUGCGAUGUUGCCAUCAAAUCUCAUCCCUCAUGAACAUCAUUAGUUUGUGUGUUUUUUUCCCUGUGUGAGUGCAGGGUCAGGAGCUUACUGUCAGACAGAUGACUCUACUGGGCUUCAGAGACCUGGUCCUGUUGAAGCUCUCCCUAGAAGACAUACUACCCAUUGCCACAGUCCCCCAAGCCAUCACACAAAUGCUGCUGAUUCUGCAGGUAAACUUACUUCUACACCAGUCAUUAUAAUCUGGACAUGUAGACACUUCCUGUGCCAAUUGUCAACACAUACAGUAUAAUAAUAGUUAGUACAUGUAGCUUCUAAACCCCUGUGGAUCAGUUGCAGUGAAAAGCUGAAGUACUACAAUGGCAAAUCAGAGCCUGGCUCUGUGGCAAAUGAACAUAACAUGAUCUCACAUCGUAAUAUGAAGUUAAUGCAAUAGGGUUCAAAGUGAGGCCUCUGUGUCAACUGUCUGUGUUGAGCACCAUCCCAUGCUUACUCACAGUGUAUCUGUCCAUGUUUCUGUCAUUGUAUCUAUCCACAGGGCAUCCAUGAGCCUAACGGGCCCAGUCAAGAGUACUAUCAGCUAGAGGGAUUGGUUGAGAUAGUCAUCUCGCCUUACCUGGGGAACGUCCUCCACGUUAGCAACACCAACUGCUUCGUAGGUGAGUGGCCUGGGUCACAACAAAACAUAGUAUAAGCUUUGGUCCCACGUAUUGUAGAUAAGAAGUAAGAUGAUGUGUUUAUUUAAAUUUUUAAUCCUAUCGUAUUUUGAACAAUAAUGAACAGUUUAAAAAAAGAGUAAAAUAGUACUUGUUUUCAAAAGAAGUAAGCAUACACAGCAAUUUUACCAGGUUUGUAAUAAGAAGGAGAAUGUGUGAUCCCCUUACCGUGGCCCCCAGGCUCCAUGAGGGGAAAUAAACCCUGAAAACUCUAACUAGGCUUCUAUGGCACGACAAAUCCACCACAUCAAAAACAACACCAGAGCCUGCAAAUCUGCAUUUGAUCACAUUUCUUAUCCCACUGGCCUGAAACUGGCUAGCACAUACACUCUCUUUCUUGCACUUUCUUCCCUUCCCUUGUGGUUGUUUCUAUGAUUGCCAUUUACAGUCAACCUGAUAAAUGAAAUGGCUUGGCAUGGUCGUGACAGCAUGCACUAAACUAGAGCAUGCAGAUAUCCCUGAGUAAUUAAAGGCCAUAUGCAGCCGUUUUUAUAUCAAUAUCAAAUAAUUUCAGGGUAACAAUUAAGUACCUUACUGUAAUAGAUUUCCAUUAAAAUUGGCCAAAAUAGCUUUUUAGCAAAAAAACUUUUCGCAAGUAAGUAUUUUGCUAGGACUGUGGGAGUGGUCUGAGUGGGAAAGGGAAAACUAGCGGUUAUUGGCAGAGAGGUUUGGAACUCUCUUUGUUAUUGGUCUGUUAACCAAUUUACCUCAUGGUGAUGUCACCAUGAAAAGCCGAAACUCCUGCCCAUGCAAACCUGCUGAUUAAAAGGUCCUGUGUAAAUUAUAGUUUCAACCAGCAACUAUAGUGCCUUCAGAAAGUAUUCACACCCCUUGACUUUUUCCACAUUUUGUUGUGUUACAGCCUGAAUUUAAAUUGAGAUUGUUUUGGUCACUGGCCUACACACAAUACCCCAUAAUGUCAAAGUGGAAUAAUGUUUUUCGGAAUUUGUACAAAUUAAUAAAAAAUGUCUUGAGUCAAUAAGUAUUCAACCACUUUGUUAUGGCAGGCCUAAGUAAGUUCAGGAGUAAACAUAUGCUUAACAAGUCACAUAAUAAGUUGCAUGGACUUUUACAUUAUUUUUGAAUGACUACUCAUCUCUGUACCCCACACAUGUAAUUACCUGUAUGGUCUCUCAGUCAAGCAGUGAAUUUCAAACACAGAUUCAACCACAAAGACCAGGGAGGUUUUCCAAUGCCUCACAAAGAAGGGCACCUAUUAGUAGAUGGGUAAAAAUAAAAAGGCAGACAUUGAAUUUCCCUUUGAGCAUGGUGAAGUUAUUAAUUACACUUUGGAUGGUGUAUAAAUACACCCAGUCACUACAAAGAUACAGGCGUCCUUCCUAACUCAGUUGCCGGAGAGGAACGAAACUGCUCAGGGAUUGAACCAUGAUGCCAAUGGUGACUUUAAAACAGUUACAGAGUUUAAUGGCUGUGAUAGGAGAAAACUGAGGACGGAUCAACAACAUUGUACUUACUUCACAAUACUAACCUAAUUGACAGAGUGAAAAGAAGGAAGCUUGUACAGACAAAAAAUAUUUCAAAACAUGCAUCCUGUUUGCAACAAGGCACUAAAGUAAUACUGCAAAAAAUGUGGCAAAGCACUUUCUGUCCUGAAUACAAAGUCUUAUGUUUGAGGCAAAUCCAAUAAAACACAUUACUGCGUACCACUCUACAUAUUUUCAAGCAUAGUGGUAGCUGCAUCAUGUUAUGGGUAUGCUUGUAAUCGUUAAGGACUGGGGAGUUUUUCAGGAUAAAAAUAAAUAGAAUUGAGCUAAGCACAGGCAAAAUCCUAGAGGAAAACCUGGUUGAGUCUGCUUUCCACCAGACACUGGGAGAUGAAUUCACCUUUCAGCAGGACAAUAACCUAAAACAUAAUGCCAAAUCUACACUGGAGUUGCUUACCAAAAAGACAGUGAAUGUUCCUGAGUGGCGAGUUAGGUUUUGACUUAAAUCUACUUGAAAAUCUAUGGCAAGACUGUAAAUGGUUGUCUAGCAAUGAUCAACAACCAAUUUGACAGAGCUUGAAGAAUUUUGAAAAUAAUAAUGGGCAAAUGUUGUACAUUCCAGAUGUGGAAAGCUCUUAGAGACUUCCCCAGAAAGACUCACAGCUGUAUCGCUGCCUAAGGUGCUUCUACAAAGUAUUGACUCAGGGGUGUGAAUACUUACAGUACCAGUUAAAAGUUUGGACACCUACUCAUUCAAGGGUUUUUCUUAAUUUUUUACUAUUUUCUACAUUGUAGAAUAAUAGUGAAGACAUCAAAACUAUGAAAUAACAUAUGGAAUCUUGUAGUAACCAAAAAAGUGUUAAACAAAUCAAAACAUAUUUUAUAUUUGAGAUUCUUCAAAUAGCCACCAUUUGCCUUGAUGACAGCUUUGCACACUCUUUGCAUUCUCUCAACCAGCUUCACCUGGAAUGCUUUUCCAACAGUCUUGAAGGAGUUUCCACAUAUGCUGAGCACUUGUUGGCUGCUUUUCCUUCACUCUGCUGUCCGACUCAUCCCAAACCAUCUCAAUGUGGUUGAGGUCGGGGGAUUGGUAAAAUAGCCCUUACACAGCCUGGAGGUGUGUUGGGUCAUUGUCCUGUUGAAAAACAAAUGAUAGUCCCACUAAGCCCAAACCAGAUGGGAUGGCAUAUCGCUACAGAAUACUGUGGUAGCCAUGCUGGUUAAGUGUGCCAUGAAUUCUAAAUCAAUCACAGACAGUGUCACCAGCAAAGCACCCCCACACCAUAACACCUCCUCCUCCAUGCUUUACGGUGGGUACUACACAUGCGGAGAUCAUCCAUUCACCCACACCGCGUUUCACAAAGACACAGCGGUUGGAACCAAAAAUCUCCAAUUUGGACUCCAGACCAAAGGACAAAUGUCAACCGGUCUAAUGUCCAUUGCUCAUGUUUCUUGGCCCAAGCAGGUCUCUUCUUCUUAUUGGUGUCCUUUAGUAGUGGUUUCUUUGCAGCAAUUCAACCAUGAAGGCCUGAUUCACACAGUCCCCUCUGAACAGUUGAUGUUCAGAUGUGUCUGUGACUUGAACUCUGUGAAGCAUUUAUUUGGGCUGCAAUUUCUGAGGCUGGUAACUCUAAUGAACUUAUCCUCUGCAGCAGAGGUAACUCUGGGUCUUCCAUUCCUGUGGCCGUCCUCAUGAGAGCCAGUUUCAUCAUAGCGCUUGAUGGUUUUUGCGACUGCACUUGAAGAAACUUUCAAAGUUCUUGAUAUUUUCCGUAUUGACUGACCUUCAUGUCUUAAAGUAAUGAUGGACUGUCGUUUCUCUUUGCUUAUUUGAGCUGUUCUUGACAUAAUAUGGACUUGGUCUUUUACCAAAUAGGGCUAUCUUCUGUAUACCACCCCUACCUUGUCACAACACAACUGAUUGGCUCAUACGCAUCUUUGUCAUUAUGGGAUUUUGUGUGUAGAUGGGAGAGAAAAAUUACAUAUUUAAUCCAUUUUGAAUUCACGCUGUAACACAACAAAAUGGGAAAUAAGUCAGGGGGUAUGAAUACUUUCUGAAGGCACUGUAUCAGGAAAUAACAUUGAUAAAAAUAAUAUGUUGCAGUGUUAGUUUCAUCAGCUGUUGUGCAAUAUGAUAGAAGAAAACAGGAAAAACAUAAUUUUGACUGCACUGGGCCUUUAACAAUUGUUCUUGAAUUAGGACUGGUGAACUACAUUGCAUUGCAUUUAUCCAAUGCGUACUCAUCAGGAGUUGACUGUAUUACUUUCAACAACAGCAGAGAAAUGCUCAAACAGUUGACUGUAUUACUUUUCAAACAGGUGUUUCCCUCUUCCUCUAUCCCUAGAAUCCCGUGCACCACUUUCCAGGUUAGGAGGUGUGGCACAACCAGAGAUCACUGUUACUCAUCAUCAUGCCUCAGACUCCUCCUCUCUAGCGCCCCUAGUGGAGCAGGAGGGGGAAGCCUACCUGGAGAAGGGGGGAGGAGUCCGACGCCACACAGUGGCCAACGCACACUCCGACAUACGGCUGCUCUCGGCUUCUGGCAGGAUGCACCCUGGGAUGGAGGAGGACAGUGGUGGCGGUGGUGGGAACGGGAUGGCAGGCAACGGCAUGCAGCCCAGGCCUUUCUCCAGCCAUCCAGACAUCCUGGAAUCCCCACUGGGAGUGGUGGGGCCCUUUAGAUGGCAGAGCUCGGCUGAAAUCAGCGGCUUUCCUCCCAGCUAACUAGUGGUAGCGGCUGGAGAUCAUUGGUGUUAUUGAUUCCUGGAAGCUCUGAGGGGAUAAAAAACAUAUCUGAGAGAGAGUGGGUGGGUGGAGUCUCUGCCACCAAAGGGCUUUCCUUCCCCUGUGCUCAGAGGAACAGUUGAUUGUCUCCGUACAGCUGUUUCCCUACGUGCCAACACGUCAUAACUGAUUGAUGACAGGUAGUUACUGUAACCGUUCGUGUUUUUACCCUGUUAAACCUCUUAUAAGGACACGGAGGAAUGAGAGUGAGAUCUGAGCCUCAUGUAAAGAGAGUCUAUUUGUGACUGACCGCCUUGAUUCGGUCUUAUGU